AUGUGUCAUUCAAUUAUCUGGUACCAUGCCCUAUGCCAGCACCAAUGCCCUGAUGCAAGCUACUCAAUCGCAUGUCACAGAGCCUACCGAAGGGGCUACGAGUGCACAGAAGAUCGAAGCACAUUGUAUUUCUCACUCGUAGGGAAUUGUGUGCAAUGCAAGCUUAAUCAGCUACUGCUACGCCAUCGUAUCUUCCGCGAAUGGCGGAGAGAAGAUCUUGUAUCGGCGUUAAACCAUGCAUUUCAGUAUAGCGACGAAGAUGGCUGGACCAUCGAUGACAACGACGCUGAGGAAUUGGAUAUGGAAACAUGGGUCUCCCAGUUUCCAAACUUGACUCAAAGGUGUUUUGCUCAGCGAGCUGAGAACAGGGAGACACGUACGUCGUUACGUAGUGGUCCGGCACGCAUGCCGACCCUAGUGCAGCAGUCCUCGCCUCACUUGUCUUGUGUUGCUUUGGUUGAACAUGCUGAUGGCUACGCAGAUGAUGAAGAUGAGCCUUUGGAGGAACCUCAGCCCCAAACGGGUCGGAGCUGGCGGUCUAUGAUUCCUCUUCCUACUAGGUUGGUGCGCAACUCGCAGAAUCGUACUUAUCUGGCGUUUAUCACUGAUGACGAUAUGUCAGAUAGAGAGCCAUUGCUUCGCCCUUCUAAGCCGAAAGAGUAUCGCCGGACUUGGCGUUCCUGGAUUCCACUUCCUGUUAAGAAGGUGUCGGGGCAAUAG